GCGACCUCUUCUUCUCUCUUCUCUCUUCCUUUCUCUUUGGGAGAGAUUUUUAUAUAAGUUUUUGGUUUUCCAGAAUUUGCUGAAUAAAAACUCUCACUAACACAGAAAAAUAAAAUAAAAGAGAACUCAAGAAAAAGAAAGCUAGAGAGAGAGAUAUAGAAGAAAACGAUAGCUAUAAGCUCAUCAUCAAUCUUCUCUUUCUUUAAUUCUCUGCAACUCCAAGGAUCCAAGAGGUUUGGAAAGAGAGAGAGAUAUAUAAUGAAUAACAAGAAUCAAGAAUUGAUAUGGGUUUAGCAACUACAACUUCUCAUCACAAGAUUCAUCAUAAUUCAGAUUCUUCUAUGUCACAAGAUUAUCAUCAUCACCAAGGAAUCUUUUCCUUCUCCAAUGGAUUCCAUCGAGCAUCAUCAACCACUCAUCAAGAGGAAGUAGAUGAAUCAGCCGUCUCCGGUGCUCAAAUUCCGGUUUAUGAAACCGCCGGAAUGUUGUCUGAAAUGUUUGCUUACCCUGGAGGCGGUGGCGGCGGCUCUGGUGGAGAGAUUCUUGAUCAGUCUACAAAACAACUACUAGAGCAACAAAACCGUCACAACAACUCUACUCUUCAUAUGUUACUACCAAACCAUCAUCAUCAACAAGGUUUUGCUUUCACCGACGAAAACACUAUGCAGCCGCAGCAACAACAACAUCACUUCUCAUGGCCAUCUUCCUCCGAUCAUCAUCACAACCGAGAUAUGAUCGGGACCGUCCACGUGGAAGGAGGAAAGGGUUUAUCUUUAUCUCUCUCAUCUUCAUUAGCCGCAGCUAAAGCCGAGGAAUAUAGAAGCAUUUAUUGUGCAGCCGUUGAUGGAACUUCUUCUUCUUCUAACGCAUCGGCUCAUCAUCACCAAUUCAAUCAGUUCAAGAAUCUUCUUCUUGAGAAUUCUUCUUCUCAUCAUCAUCAUCAAGUUGUGGGACAUUUCGGGUCAUCGUCAUCAUCUCCCAUGGCGGCUUCUUCAUCCACUGGAGGGAUCUAUACGUUGAGGAAUUCAAAAUAUACGAAACCGGCACAAGAGUUGUUGGAAGAGUUUUGUAGUGUUGGAAGAGGACAUUUCAAGAAGAACAAACUUAGUAGGAACAACUCAAACCCUAAUACUACCGGUGGAGGAGGAGGCGGCGGAUCGUCGUCUUCAGCCGGAACAGCCAAUGAUAAUCCUCCUUUGUCUCCGGCUGAUCGGAUUGAACAUCAAAGAAGAAAGGUCAAGCUACUCUCUAUGCUUGAAGAGGUAGACCGACGGUACAACCACUACUGCGAACAAAUGCAAAUGGUAGUGAACUCAUUCGACCAAGUAAUGGGUUACGGCGCGGCGGUUCCGUACACAACAUUAGCUCAAAAGGCAAUGUCUAGGCACUUCCGGUGUUUGAAAGACGCGGUAGCGGUUCAGCUUAAACGCAGUUGUGAGCUUCUAGGGGAUAAAGAGGCGGGAGGGGCUGCGUCCUCGGGCUUAACCAAAGGCGAAACGCCGCGAUUGCGUUUGCUAGAGCAGAGUUUACGUCAGCAACGAGCGUUUCAUCAUAUGGGUAUGAUGGAGCAAGAGGCAUGGAGACCGCAACGUGGUUUGCCUGAACGCUCCGUUAAUAUCCUUAGAGCUUGGCUUUUCGAACAUUUUCUUAAUCCGUACCCAAGCGAUGCUGAUAAGCACCUCUUAGCACGACAGACUGGUCUAUCCAGAAAUCAGGUGUCAAAUUGGUUCAUUAAUGCUAGGGUUCGUCUAUGGAAACCAAUGGUAGAAGAGAUGUAUCAACAAGAAGCAAAAGAAAGAGAAGAAGAAGCAGAAGAAAAUGAAAAUCAACAACAAAGAAGACAGCAACAAACAAACAACAACGACACGAAACCCAACAACAAUGAAAACAACUUCACUGUCAUAACCGCACAAACUCCAACGACGAUGACAUCGACACAUCACGAAAACGACUCUUCAUUCCUCUCUUCCGUCGCCGCCGCUUCUCACGGCGGUUCAGACGCGUUCACCGUCGCCACGUGUCAGCAAGACGUCAGUGACUUCCACGUCGACGGAGAUGGUGUGAACGUCAUAAGAUUCGGGACCAAACAGACUGGUGACGUGUCUCUUACGCUUGGUCUACGCCACUCUGGCAAUAUUCCUGAUAAGAACACUUCUUUCUCCGUUAGAGACUUUGGAGAUUUUUAGUCUUCUUCGUUUCUCAAUAUAUUAAUCAAAAUUUUAUUAUAGUGAAUUUUUCUUUUUUUUUUGGUUCAUCGAAAAUAUGUUUUUAGUCUCUUCACAUACUUUUAAAUUUUCCUUUUUUCUGUCUUUUCUGUCGUAAGAAGAAGAGAGAUACAUAUAUCAAGUGAUAUCCUAUAGCUACCAAAGUUCUAUAUAUAACUAUGCACAAAUUUUUAUUUUAUUAUUUAUGAGAUUGAUAUCCUCACAUUUUGUAAA